AUGGGAAGUUUGAUGCGACCAACAGUGAGAGCGUACGCGCACGAGAUUGGCAGGGGUAUUCAGGAGAUGCAUGAUCAUGCCGUAAUUCAUCUUGAUAUUAAACUUGCGAAUGUGCUCUUCAUUCAUGGUGCAUUGAAAAUUGUCGAUUUGGGAUUAUCGGCCACUUUACGAGAUAACGAGGUAGGUUUAACUAUUGCAAAAUGU